CACACGUGCGUUGCGCGACCAAAGCGCUCUCCUCCAUCCACUCGUGCGCUAUCAACCAUGUCGUUGCGGCAAAAGGCUGAAGCUCUAAGGCAAAAGAUCGAUAAUCUCCUUGUGGUGGGAGUUGAUAUGGCGGUUCCGAUUCUCAGGGUCGUCAAUGCUACCGCUGAUUGGUGUCCCCCUCUAAAGAUGGCGACUGGCGGUGCACUCUCCAUCCUCGACGAGGUUAAAAAGUUCAAGGGGAACAAGAAACAAUGGGCUGAUUUUGCUGAAUACGUAGCUAGCACUAUGGCCAGGGUAGUUUCAGCCAUAAAGUCUUAUGAUGUGUCAGCGAAAGAGGCAACAUCAUGGGUGGAGGGUGUCACAGAGCUUGGGAACGCACUACAGGAGAUCCGGUCCAAAAUUGAACGAAGACUUAGAAAAGUAGAAGAACGGUCAGCUGUAAGAAAUGCAUUGUCCCACUAUCGAGACCCAGGAAGAAUCGAGGACCUAAAGAGAGACUUUGACAAAGCGUUGGCAUCAUUUCAGCUUAGGACGAAUUUAACAAUUGGUGUCAAAUUAUCGACCAUAGAGGACAGCUUAGACCGUCUGGAGAGUGACCCAAUCCUCGAUAAUCUCCGAUAUCCUCAAAUCGCCCACCAUGAUUCAACAGAGGCGUGCCUAGAAGGCACCAGGGUCGAUCUCACGGAGCGUAUUAUGAACUGGUGUCGUAACACCGGGGAUAACGAGAACCGGCUGAUGCUACUGACUUCUGUGGCCGGCGCUGGCAAGACUUCGAUUGUGCACACGAUUGCAGAUAGAUGUAACAGGGAGGCUAUCCUGUUGCUGUGCUUUUUCUUCACAGUUGGCGAACAGCCACGGCCGGACCAUUUAUUCAGCGGCAUUGCUCAAGCUCUAGCAAAGCGUGAUGGAGAUUACCGUGCCUUCAUUAUCUCUGCCCUUCGGAAAGACCCCACCCUCUCAACAGCCCCAUUCACGAUGCAAUUCAAGGAAUUAGUGGCUUCACCCCUGCUCCAUAAACCUCCGCCUUCCGACCGUCCUAUGGUGAUCAUCAUCGACGCUUUGGACGAAUGUGACAAAGAAGUGUUCGGAUCCCUUGCCGAAAUUCUUGGGGACGAAGUGCCCAGGCUACCAUCUUCCGUUAAAUUCUUCAUCACAUCGAGGCAAUUUGAUCUUGUGAAUCGCUACCUCUCCCCCGAUUACCCAAUUGAUCGUCUCAGUAUUGAUCUCUCGGAUGAGGCAAAUGUGCAGGACUGUGCUAGGUACAUACGUUUCCAGCUGCAAAAGCUGAAGAAGGUACAUCGGGAUUUACGGCGUAAUCUUCAGGAUGAGGAUAAAAUGGUACAGGAGAUCUCAGAACGAGCAAAUGGCUUGUUUAUCUGGAUCAGCACCAUCUUUCGCUACAUGAAGAUGGCCAACAAGGAUCCUAUGAGGAUACUAGAAAGUCUGCUCGACACUGGUGCCAAACGACCAGAGGUCCCUGCUGUGAAGAUGAUGGAAGACUUGUAUACCAGCAUUUUGAAGAAGUGCGCUUGGGAGGAUGAAGAUUUUGCGCACGAUUACCCAAUUGUGAUGGGAGCAAUCUUCGUUGCUCAGCAGCCUCUGUCCAUCACAGCCUGGGACGUAAUUUUAUUACCUUUCCUCAAUUCUUCCGUUCAAUAUGCGUUGGCCGAACUUGCUCCUCUGCUCUCAGGAGUUGAGGAUUCCCACAUUCCGGUUCGCAUCUUACACCAAUCUUUCCGCGAUUUUAUUGUCCAUCGGAUCGAUCCCCGAACAAUCAGCUCUCAUUGCACUCUCAUAGCUGUGGGAGUGGAGAAUGCCAGGGUUGCCUUGCGAUGUACCGAGAUUUUGAACGAGGAUCUCUGCUCUGUGAAGGGCUUAGGACAGAUUGAAAACUUGUCCGAAAAAGAUGAAAUGCCGCGCAUUCCUCCAAAGGAGUUCUCUGAGCACUUUCGUUAUGCAUGUCGCCACAUCGUCCAUCACCUCAGUGGAGUCCAGGAACGGUCCGAAGAGCUUGCUGGGCCAGUUAGUAUGUUUCUGAGUCAGGAAGCAACUCGGUGGGUGGAAGUCUGUGUGAGAAUGGAAAACUACGUCAGUAUCUCGUUACUCCCUGAGUGGGCUAAGUUGGCUGUUGACCACAGGGCUGUUAGUGCACUGGCUAAUGUGGUUAGCCAGCUUUCGUGGAACCUGGAAUUCUUUUCAAGAUUCCAGGAGGCAUAUGAGGCAGCAAAUGAUUCUGUUGUGCUCUGCCAUUACCUAUUUUCUGUGGACUCAAGUUCCUACACCCCGCAUUUAGCUAAUUCACUCAAUAGUCUGUAUGUCGCUCUUCACAGACUCGGACAGCACUCAGAGGCACUCCCAUUCAUCGAAGAAAGCGUCAAACUCUAUCGCCAGCUAGUUGCCGUUAACCCAGGAUCAUACACCCCAGAUUUGGCCAUGUCACUCAACAAUCUAUAUGCCGCACUUUCCGAUCUCGGACAGCACUCGGAGGCACUCCCAUUCAUCGAAGAAAGCGUCAAACUCCGUCGCCAGCUAGUUGCCGUUAACCCAGGAUCAUACACCCCAGAUUUGGCCAGCUCACUCAACAAUCUACGUAAUGCUCUUUCCAAUCUCGGACGGCACUCGGAGGCACUCCCAUUCAUCAAAGAAAGUGUCAAACUCUAUCGCCAGCUAGUUGCUGUUAACCCAGGAUCAUACACCCCAGAUUUGGCCAUGUCACUCAACAAUCUACAUAAUGCUCUUUCCUAUCUCGGACGACACUCGGAGGCACUCCCAUUCAUCGAAGAAAGCGUCAGACUCCGUCGCCAAUUAGUUGCCAUUAACCCAGGAUCAUACACCCCAGAUUUGGCCAUGUCACUCAACAAUCUACAUAAUGCUCUUUCCUAUCUUGGACAGCACUCAGAGGCACUCACAUUCACCGAAGAGAGCGUCAAACUUUAUCGCCAGUUAGUUGCUGUUAACCCAGGAUCAUACACCCCAGAGUUGGCCAUGUCACUCAACAAUCUAUGUAUUGCUCUUUCAGAUCUCGGACGACACUCGGAGGCACUCCCAUUCAUUGAAGAAAGCGUCAAACUCUAUCGCCAGUUAGUUGCUGUUAACCCAGGAUCAUACACCCCAGAUUUGGCCAGGUCACUCAACAAUCUACGUAAUGCUCUUUCCUAUCUCAGACGACACUCAGAGGCACUCCCAUUCAUUGAAGCAAGUGUCAAACUCUAUCGUCAGCUAGUUGCUGUUCACCCAGGAUCAUACACCCCAGAUUUGGCCAGGUCACUCAACAAUCUACAUAAUGCUCUUUCCUAUCUCGGACGACACUCGGAGGCACUCCCAUUCAUCAAAGAAAGUGUCAAACUCCAUCGCCAGUUAGUUGCCGUUAACCCAGGAUCAUACACCCUGGAUUUGGCCAACUCACUCAACAAUCUAUAUGCUGCUCUUUCCAAUCUCAGAUGGCACUCAGAGGCACUCCCAUUCAUCGAAGAAAGUGUCAAACUCCAUCGCCAGCUAGUUGCCAUUAACCCAGGAGCAUACACCCCAAAAUUGGCCAUCUCACUUGAGAAUCUACACAAUGCUCUUGCCAAUCUCGGACAUCAUUCCGAGGCACAAAUGGUCAAUAUUUGAGCAUGUUCUCCUCACCAUUGCAUUCUCCUUGCACAUGAUGGGCAAGCUCGAAUUGGAUAUUCAGCUUGAGAACACCAAUAAAUUCAACCUAUUGCAAACUAUUGAUAAAAUAUUUAUAGAGUUCACUGGCUGCUACACUCAUUGGGUAGGUAGAAAUAUUA